AUCAUUACGCUUGCCCUCUCCUACCAAGUUUACGAGUAGAUUUCUAUCAAGCACAAUAAUCGAGGCGCCUCCCUCUUCACUUCUCUCUAACGCCAGUAGAGCUCCGGCUCGCCGGCGUCGGGAUCUCUCAGUAUCCCCGCUCUGUUACUUCCUCUUCAUUCCCUUUAGAUUCUCUUUGCUUUCUUUUUUCCCUUUUUGUUCUCUUCUUUUGUGUCCCGACCAAACCUCUACAGCCACCCUAGAUCUAGACGAAGGGUUGUCCUUGUGCCACCACAGCAGGAUCUGGAGUUCGGCGAACCCCAUCCUCACCUAUCCUCGCCCAAUCCUACCGUCGACGGUCCAAAAGUCCCUGAGCCUCUAUCUCUUCCGAUCCGGAUUCUGCUUCGCCCCUGAAGCUUCCUCUUCCUCCACGGCUUCUGAGUUGAUGUUUGGCGAGGAAUCUUCCAGAGAUGCGACUUAUCUCCGUUUUUGGACUUCCGUUUCUAAGAUCUAUCACAUUGAAAGCUUGGUAGACCCUUGUCAACUCCCUUGGCCAUCCCCAAAGUCUUUUGGAUCUCUGUGGAUGAGCUCAGGACUUGAACUCGGAUUGCUAACAUCCCAAACGGUUCUACCCAUUCUCCAAAAUCCCAGGUCUACUCUCUUUAUCCCUAUGAUAUCUAGUAAACAUCUCUUAGGUUCUUUGGUAGAACUCGAUGUCCGAAGACUGCAUCUGAGAAUCCAUGUACCUAGAAUGAUUAGUAGUAACAUAGAGUAUAGGAGAUCCCUGGUCUUUGCUCAAGUUGCGAAUCCGAUUGUUAACUGGAAGAACCUCAACCCGUUUAUCUCUAUGCUAACUAGCGUUUCUAGUCCUCAACAACAUCCCUUCACCUGCACCAUUUUGGUGUUAUCAACAACCCACCAGGCCAAGCCUAAAUCUCAUCUACCAAUGUCAAACCGGAUACAUGCUUUGUGUGGUGUUCUUAAUCUCCUUGGUAAAGGGCACCAAGUGAGAGAGAACCCACCUGUAUUGUUACGGUUUGAUUGUUAUCCUUGGUUAGUCAUGGAUCUAGUUCCACUUGUAUGGUUUGAUGUUACAACCUUGAAGUAUUAUGGUCUUAUGCCCUGUUAUUCCACUUUUGCAUCCGACGACUUCAAGCAAAUUUUCUUCAGCGCCAUCUUCAACACUCGGACUGUUUUUUAUCGAUGUGUUUCCUGGUGUGACCAGUUUUUCCUGACCCUCCGUUUUGGAUGUUAAAGCACUCUACCCUUGACCACCAAACCUUGGUCUACCAAAUCCUUGCCAGUGUGGUGCUCUUGUUAGUGCCCCUCGCUCCGGUGAGUUUACUGGCUAUGGAUUUGCUUUUAACGUCACAUGGUCUAUCGACUGUGACUAUCUUGUCAUCCACUGAAUUUCUCGAGGAUGAGCAAUCGAUAUACCAUGAUCUCCCUUGUUCCAAGCCGCUUUUGAGUGACUGUUGCAUAGCCCUCAUGGAUUCUAUCUCGAUUUUAUUUAUCUACUCUUUUAUGGCAUUGGGGAAUGCCCAUCUAUGUAAUCUUUGUUUCAGUUUAAACUUUGAGAUAUUUGUAUCUCUCUUUCUGUAUGUUUUAAUUUGAAUGAAUGAGAGCAUCUGGUUAUUAAAAAAAAAAAGAGACUAUUUCUUUAAGAUCGAUAGUUUCUAGUAAGAAAUAAUUAUUCU